UAUCGAUAUAUGCCUACCUUUGUUAUCGCUGCCGUCCCUUCUCUAUUAACAAAAACAACAAUCAGUGACGAAAUAGCUAUUUUUGUUUUGCGUUUCACCAUAGCUGCAAGUAAUGUCGGACCUUGCUUACCUGGACACCUUACCGAACAAGGAACUGCUGGCCAAGUGCCUGGAGCAAGGCCUGCCCGGCGUUCCCGUGACGGACAGCACUCGAAGCGUCAUCAUUCGCCGCCUGAAAGCUUCAAUCUCUGGUACACCGCUGAACAAGAGCAAAUCUAAGAAAUCGACGCCCAGACGUGAAACCGUUCACGGCAGCCAAAUGUCGACGCCCACAUCGGAGCCAGUGCGUCGUACACUCGGCCGGAGUGCAGGUCGCGUUGGCAGCGGCGGCAGCCAGAUCACAGAGCAGGGUCGUCGCACCAUCGCCUACGGUCUGGACAACACAUCGAUCUCCGGGAGAUCCGUGCAGACUACCACCACGGUCUCUGAUGUGGGUUCCCAGUCGGAGGAUGAUGACUACUACAUGGUGGAUUCACCGGGGAUAAGGUACCAAAGCAAGCAAACUCCACCCAGGGACGAGCUUCGACGUUCUGUCUCGCUGACCAAAUCUGGAGUACUAACCACAUCCUAUACCCGCGAAGUAGAGCAGCCGCAUUACGAGCAUGAGGACAUACCACGCAGCCACACCUACGAAAGGCCACAUGUGCCAGCCGCUCCUCUUCACUCACUUCCCACAUAUGACUCUCGCACCGAGCCCUCGACAUACAGACGCACAGAUUUGGGUUUCUCACGACCUCUGCUAACCCAAACCAACCUUAACUCCACCAGUUACCAGGAGGCAUCGGGGUUCAACCCAUCACUCUCGCCAGUUUCGCCAAGGAACACGUUCAGCGGUUCCGCCAGGCCAUUUGGUGGGCCAGCGCCAGCUCCUGUACUUCCUCGCCAGCGUCAGACUGUUACAACCAGUGGACACAACUUGGCCCGUGGUCGCUUGCUCCAGCCGACCACCGCAGUGAACACCCUUUAUCCGCAACUGAAUGAAUUCUACGACCAGCCAGACAACGCAGGCGAACCCAUGGACACGGAGAGCGAGUCUGAAGUAGAAGAAUCACCAAUCAGGAGAAGCCAUGUCCCAACUACACGCUCAUCCCCUCUGGCCAGGAAACCGCUCUUGAGACACCAGGAUCAGGUGUCGCCCGUGGCGCAGUUCCGUGCGCUGGCUGUAUCGCUGGAUCAGAAAUAUAAUCUCAAGUUUUACUUUGCACUGGUAAUGGCAGUGAUGCUGGCCACUAUGGUGUAUGUGGUUAUGACACCCAACGCUUAAGCAGCAUUUUUUACUUAAUAACACAGCAGAUCCCCGAAUUGGGUUUUGGUUACUACACUCGUUUUACAAUCAGACUGCAGCGAAUG